AUGUCCGAUGAUUACUCCUGGACUCCACAUAUCAAUAUCAUGGUUGACAAGGCCAAGGCACGUCAGAUGGCAUCUUGGGUUCUUGGAGUAUUCAAAGACAGGACACCACCUGUUAUGCUCCAGCUCUACAAAUCCCUGAUAAGGUCCAGAGUGGAGUACUGCUGCUCGCUUUGGAAUCCAAACAAGAUCUAUGAUAUCCAGUCUAUCGAGAGCAUACAACGCCAGUUCACUAGACGGAUUCGAGGGCUCAAAGACACCGAUUAUUGGAAUAGACUGAAGGAACUGAAACUUACAUCACUGCCAAGACGCCGAGAACGCUACACCAUCAUACAUCUGUGGAAAGUUCUCCAGGGUAUAUGUCCAAAUGACCUUGAUGUACAGUUCAGAGAGAAUGCCAGACUGGGAGUAAAAGUUAUACUCCCUUCUCUCACAAAAAAAGCAUCAGUUGCUGCACGCUCCACCUACGACCACUCAUUCGCAGUGAGAGCUGGAAGACUCUGUAAUGUUCUCCCCAAAAUUGUCAAUACUCAAAGGACUUUGACAAGCUUCAAGACAUCUCUUGGAAACUUCCUAGACACCCUUCCAGACAAGCCCCCUACUCCUGGAUACAGUGCAGAAAACUCUAACUCGAUAAUAGACUGGUGCAGUCAAGGAGGUGGUCCGCAGAUCGCGCGAUGGCCGUGA